AUGGCCACCAUCAUCCUGGGCUCCCAAUGGGGAGACGAGGGCAAGGGCAAGCUCACCGACAUACUCUGUCCCGAGGUCCAAUUCUGCGCCCGAGCUGCCGGCGGCCACAAUGCCGGCCACUCCAUCGUAGCCAAUGGAGUUUCCUACAGCUUCCACCUGCUACCUUCAGGCCUCGUCAACCCCAAAUGCGUCAACCUCAUCGGCUCCGGCGUCGUCUUCCACGUACCCAGCUUCUUUAAGGAGCUCGCCGAGCUGCAAGAAAAGGGCCUGGACACAACUGACCGCAUCCUCGUCUCAGAUCGUUGCCAGGUCAACUUUGACCUCCACGCCGCCGUCGACGGCCUAGAAGAGGUCGAGCUCGGCUCGAGAAAGAUUGGCACCACCGGCCGCGGCAUCGGCCCUUCGUAUAGCACAAAGGCCGCUCGCAGCGGCGUCCGCGUCCACGAAAUCUUCGACGAGCCCACGUUUGAGCGCAAGCUGCGCCAGCUCGCCAGCGGCUACAAGAAGCGCUUCGGGGACCUCCUCGACUACGAUGUCGAGCACGAAAUUGCCCGCUUUAAGGAUUACCGCCAACGCCUCGCCCCCUACUGCAUCGACGCCGUCCAGUUCAUCAAGGACGUACAAGACAAGAACCACAAGCUCCUUAUCGAGGGCGCAAACGCCCUUAUGCUUGACAUCGACUACGGCACAUACCCCUAUGUAACCAGCAGCAACACGGGCCUCGGCGGCAUCUUUACCGGCCUCGCCAUCAACCCCACAAAGGUAGACCGCAUCGUCGGCGUUGUUAAGGCUUACACGACGCGCGUCGGCGAGGGCAUCUUUAAGACCGAGGAUACGGGCGACGCCGGCCGCAAGCUCCAGGACGUCGGUCGCGAGUGGGGCGUCAGCACCGGCCGCAAGCGCCGCUGCGGAUGGCUCGACCUCGUCGUCCUGCGCUACUCGGCCGCCAUCAACCACUACACGGUCCUCAACCUGACCAAGCUCGACGUGCUUGACUCAUUCCCCCUUAUCAAAGUGGCCGUGGCCUAUAAGUCCCCCGAGGGCGCGGAGCUCGACUACUUCCCCGCCGACCUCGCCCUGCUCGAAAAGUGCGAGGUCGUCUACAAGGAGUUCGAGGGCUGGCAGACGCCUACGACCCACGUAAAGACCUUUUACGACCUGCCGCGGCAAGCGCGCGCAUAUGUCGAGUUUAUCGAGCAAUUCUGCGGGGUCAAUAUUGGUUGGAUCGGCACCGGCCCUUCGAGAGAAGACAUGAUUACGCGUGUGAGCUAG